UAAUACACUUUCAUUAAUAAAAUUAAAAGUUGCACAUUUCUGAAUCAAUGUAAAUAUAAUCACCCAAACAUGAAUAAAUAAUAAUAAAUAAUCAUUACAUUAAUUAAAUAAAGAUAUUGUAAAUACUAUAUUAUAUAAAUGAACAAUAGAAUAAACAAUAACUUCUUCUUUAGGCACGAUUGUUAGAUCUGUAUACAAGCUCCUGCAUGUUUUGUCGAAGAAACUGAAUUCGACCCCCCCCCCCCCCCCCCACACACACACACACACAGUAUCAGCUGAAUCUAAUGUAGGUCAAAAAUAUUCCUGUUUAAAAGACUAUAAAAAAAACAUUAUUUCAUCAAGAUUAAAUUUUUUCGCUUGAAGAAAGUAAGAAAAAGAACUGCCUGAUAAAAUUUAUUAGGAAAUUCAAUGGAGAAAAUCUGUAUUGAUUGAUUCAUUAAUACUUAAAGAAAGAUUGUUGAGCUAUGAAUAGGUGAUCCAUGUGGUAGUUAUGGUUGAACUCUACAAAGGACAUUACUUAACUCAUUUUACCAGAUUAAAAGAAUUCUUACAAGUUUAUUAUUAUUAUUAUUAUUGAGUAUUUAUUUCUCUUUUAGAGAUCCAGUAAUUAAAGUUUUCUAAUGGACUAAAAUGCACACAAUGACGCAAUUAUUUCUAUAAAUACUUUCAUUUACAGCAACAAAAUUAAUUUAUAACCGUUGGAUUAACUAAAAUGAGAUAUUUCUAGUUCAUUUCAUGCUAUUCGAUAGUUUUGGGGGUUGUUAACCUGACUAACUAAAUCAAACUCUUCCCCUAAUCAUGUGACAGCCAUGGCAGCUAAAAUAAUAAUAGAAAGAUUCAAGUUGCUUCAGGAACUUGAAUCAUAAGAAACAAUGAGAAAAAAGAAGAAGAAAGCCUCCUCCUUUCAACGGACUGCACAAACUUCCUCAUUCCUGCAGCAUUUGCAUGAUCCCGAAGCUGAUGAGUAUGAGUAUUUUGCAUUUCUUAUAAAAACGUGUAACAGUUUAUAAAAUAAGAUAUCAGUGUUUGAAGCAGAGAGGAAGGCUUCAUAUUUCACUCUGUGCACAUCUGGUUGAUCUGAGCUCCAGUCCAACAUGGACAGAUUCAGAUUUUUGCUCUUUCUCUGUUGUUUACUUCCAUCUGUGGCAGAUUACUCCAAGGAUCAGCAUGGAUACUUCAUGUUUUCUGACUUCUUGUGUUAUUUACCAUCCAGAAACCCAAAGGAGGUGCAGUAUUUGAUUGACUGGUAUUUCAAUAUGGAGCUUACCAUGCAGUACAACAGCUCGGUUGGGGGGUGGACCGGCUUCACUCCAGCUGGAUUGAUCACAGCAGCUAAAUUCAAUGCCGACAAACACGAUGUGGUUCAGCGAAUACUGGAGAGAGAACUUGUGUGUCAGAGAAGUGUUGAGAUUAUUUAUGAAACGACAGAGACGGCAAAAGUUGAACCCAAUGUAAGUCUGCAGACAGUGGAGGACAAUGACUCAACUCUCGAGUGCAGCGCUUUGGAUUUCUACCCCAAACACAUCAGGCUGACGUGGUUCUCCAAUGGACAGGAAGUGACCGAAGGCGUGACCUUUAGUGAUGUGCUGCCAAAUGGAGAUUGGACCUAUCAGGCUCACACAUACCUGACAUUGACACCUGGAAAGCAGGAUCACAUUAGCUGCAUGGUGCAGCACACCAGCCUCAAAGAACCCAAGAUUUAUAACUGGGAGUCUUCAAAAAACCACACUGAGAACUACAUCAUUGGUGGAGUCUGUGCUUUGCUAUUAGGAGCAGUUUUUCUGUGUGGAGGACUGAUCCACUACAAACUGAGAAGGAGAUCAUUUUAAUGUUGAAUAUUAUAAAAAUAUUGAAUAUUUUAAAAUAAAGAAUAUUUUAAU